UUUUUGUGCAGGAAUCGGUAAUGACUCAAUACUGUCACCUUGUGAUUGCGUAGCUACAAAAAAAGUCACGACGUCAUAGAAGUUAUAAUUUGCUAUCAAGGCCUACAAUCUGACACAAGUUAUGCAAAUAUGUCAAACAGAACAUAUUCAGCGUCUGAGGUACUGACGUACCCGACAAUAUAAUAGCCUGCUACAUUCAUAUGGUCUAGAUUUAGAACGACAUAACCCGCAGUGGCGAUGUAUUGUGACUUGUUGCUUGUUUAAGACGCCCUGUUUAGGUUUCAUAGUGUUUAUAAACGUAUAUGUAAUGCUAAACCAGCGGUCGCUCGAGUGUGCAGGUGUUGCACUUCUAUUUAACACAUCUAUUGACUUAACCGAGCGACAGCUUUUAAUGUUGACAUUUGAAUCUGUGCCUCUAAGUCAACACGGCCCUGUGUUCUCGUAUACAUCAACCGGACAGACAAAUUAUGAGUGGUUAAGCGUUCAGCAAGUUGCACGUGUUACCAAUCCAUCAAGCGUCUUCAAAUGCUAAUUAACAUAACAGGGAUUCAGUGAACGCGCAAGUUUCUUGUCUCUACACUCCGCUCAGGUUACAUUGCAGUGUGUUUGCUAACAUGUGACACACCCUCAACCAAACCAGAAACUUGGACGCGAUUGGCUUGUCACACAUUGGUUGUAUAGCCUAAAUAAAUAUCCUCGAACGUGUCUGAAGGCGUUUUAACCAUGAUGGACCUGCAUUUUACUGUAAUAGAAAGUAAACUAUUGUAUAACAUGAAUCCUAAACGAUGCAGGCAUAAAAACAUAAAGCCCUCAUUUCCCAACACAAGCUAAUCUGCAAACAAACACAGCUUAUAAAUAGCCUACAUAUGGGAAAUAUAUAAAAAAAAAAAGAAAAAAAAAAAAAAGGUUAUUUCUGCGGAAUAAAACAACCGCUUGCGUAGGAUAGCCCUAGGCCUUUACGUAGGCUAUAAAGAUAAGUAAACAAUAAACACACUCCGAUUUUUUUUUCUUUUCUCCAUUUGGCAUUGUCAUAUGCGUUUAGAAGAAGGCAACAGAGAAGAUCAAAGCAUUCCACAAAGGGAAAUUGCACCCUGGGUAGCAGUUGGGAUAGCUGGCCGUAACCUUGCUAAUAAAUUAAGAGGGAAGAAGGGCGAGUGGCAAAGCUGCACCUGCACGGCAAACAUCUUCACCACAUGUGAGAAACAGACAAGACCAGACAAUUAGGCCCAACCAAAAUCACCCUAUACCAUUCUGCUUACCUUAAAUGAAAAUGUCAUUCUAAUCCCCACAUUGUCAUAACGUGUGCUUAAGGAAUUUAAAGGGGAGGUUCACGAGGCAAUAAGUAACAAAUUAGUCUCGUCCCUUUACGACUAAUAUAUUAAUAAUUUGUUGUUGUUGUUAUUGUUUAAUAUAUAGAUAGGCCUAUAUUAAAAAAUAUAGACGAACAAAAUUUCCUAUUAGCUAUUUAUUUUUUCGCGAACGAAAACGAGGCUGUGGGAGAUGUAGCCUACAGGCUGUUCAGUCGAUUAUUCAGCUGACGCGAAAUUAAAAAGGCAUCUAAAGACCCGUGUAUGUACUGUACGAUACACAAAAAAAAAACUUAAAACAGCAUAAUUCGUCGAAUGGAAUAUAGGUCUAGGCUAUAUCAGUGUUUCCCAGGUCUGUAGGCACACAAUCAGUGCACAUUUUGGAUAUUUGGAUAUCUAUUUCUGGUCUUAGAGAUCAGGAAGAGUUUGAAAAUGUGUAGUGUUGGUGUGCCUCCACGGAGGAACAGGGUUGGGAAACACUGAUCUAUCCCUCAUAUCCUCGUUUUUAUUUGUGAUGAAAUGAACACGGCGCCUUUAAUAAGGUGCAUUAUAAUUAUUUUACAAGUUAUAAUAUACAUUAUUUUUUUUAAUACCAUUGUUACAUGCAAGAUAUUGAAAUACAACCAGACAUUUCUUCACAUCACGCAGCACAUAAUUGUAUGCAAAGUCCAAGCACAUAUUUGUCGUUGAUUUAGGCUAAGCUUUACUCUCCCGUGCACGUCCCGCAUAUGCUGCUGACUGUAUAGAGCAAAGCCAUCAUGGACAGUAGCUGUGACAUUCUUUAGUGUCAGUUGAUUUUACUUUGUUUUGAGAAACAUCACACAUGGUAGGUCGAUCGGGACAAAGAGAAUUGUGUUUUGUGUAGCACUCCCGCAUGCUUAGUCAAUGUUUUUUUAAGUAUCGCUUGUUGUGUCAACUGUCAUAUCACGCUCAAUCUUGAAAAGUUGAAAACAGUGUUUAAAUGCAUCCCCGAAGGGUUGUGCAGUGUCAACAGCAACUCAGAAAGAUAUGAAUUGGUGUAACAAGAGAUCUAGUGUCUUGUUAGCAGCCAAACUCAUUUGUCAGACAACCGCUUCUAAUCAUUACAAUUAUAAAAGAAUUAGGCCUAUGAAUAGACAAAUGUAUUAAACAUUUUAAGUAAUUUUCUAAUCAAAGUUUUAAGAUAAUUAUUUAAAAAUGUAAAAUGAAUCUUGCUAAAAAGAAUAGGUAUACACAUCUUAAAGCAAACAAACAAAAACAAAAAACACCUGUAUGGCAACGCUGUUAGGUGCAUUUGAAUAAAAAUGAAUUUUUUUUGCAUUCACCAACUGUAAUUUGAAUAUUGUCAAUUAGUGGUUACUUUAGCCACUGCGAGCACAUUAACGAAAUAUUACAACGUAACUUGCAAAUACGCGUUUGCUUAUAAUUAAAUAAACUUCAUAAUUCAGUUGUCCAAAAAUAUGCAAGUGCAAUAAAUGCAACUUCACCAAAUAUUCAAAUUCCUUUAUUUAAGCAUCUGCCAGAGUGUCAAGUUUUUAAUUAACUUAUUUAUUUUAUUAAAUACUAUUUUAUUAAUAUCACUCACUGUCGUUUCUAAGCGGUACAAAUAAUUUAAUGUAAUGGAGUUGUAAGUCUUAGCAAUAAAUAAUACAUUAAUAAGCCGAGACACGUGGGGUUGAAACUAUACGUGAACCCCCACUGUCUUCCGUGAUUAAUUGAUAGUUUCCUAGAAAUGUUUUAUUUGUAACUUCAGCCCAUUAAGAACUUAGUUUAGAGAGCGAUUCGACUCCAGCCAACUGGGAAGCGCCGUUCACAUGAAUCCAAUCGGGAUGUAGUGUCACACACCGUUUCCUGAUUGGCUCUCUGCGAGGGGAGCUUCCCCAUUGGCUGUGCCAGAUUUGCUGCGCGGAUCUUAGAGUUGAAAGGCUGAGAGAGACUCUCAGCACAUUUCAGUGACAGAUCAGGUAGUCUAAAUGUUGCUGACUGAAAAAAAAUUGAAGGUGGCCUAAUUUACUUUGUAACAGCUCGUCUUAUCGCUUCAGCAUCUCUGGGAGAGGAGAAAACUAUAAAGACUGUUGGAUAUUCACUCAUCCUUUAUUGGGAAAGCAUCUAUUCACACGCGUUCUGAAAAUGACGGAUCUGUCGGGCACGGAGUUUGAGAUCGAUGUGGAGGGCCUGGAAACAGAGAGCGACGAUCAGGCGGUGUUCACCGGCACCGGCGAGGACGAAGCGGGGUCCAAAGACGAUGACAAACCCAGCCGCUUAAACCUCGGGUCUGGGGACCAGCGCAAACUGAGCCGCACUCCGAAAUGCGCCCGUUGUAGGAACCACGGCGUAGUGUCUUGUCUUAAGGGGCACAAGAGAUUCUGCCGAUGGAGAGACUGCCAGUGUGCAAACUGCCUUCUGGUGGUGGAGAGGCAGCGCGUAAUGGCUGCUCAAGUGGCCCUGCGGAGACAGCAAGCGACAGAGGACAAAAAGGGAAUAUCUGGGAAGCAAAUACCAGUGGAAAGACGAAGUAUCUAUCAGCGACACAUCCGUCCAUCGACCAUGCUGGCAAAAAGUAUUUUAGAAGGAUAUCGUCCAGUGCAAAAUGACCCAUAUCUAGGUGCCAGUCCCGCUUUGCCCCCUCCACUGAGCGACCGCAUGAGAAAGAGACGAGCCUUUGCCGACAAGGAGCUGGAGACUAUCAUGCUAGAACGAGAAUAUAAAGAACGGGAGCUUCUCGAGUCCAGCCAGUCCAGCUCUGCCUCACUCUUUCUUCCCGGCAAUAUGGUCCAUGCUUCCGAGUAUAACUCCUACAAGACAGCCUUCUCAUCCUCCUCGGCCCCAUCCACGGUUGAACCUUCUCCCAAAGACCUCUGUGGCUUUCUGCCUGGCUGUCUGGAUCUGUCCCUGCAGUAUGCUGCCACAGGUGGGACGACAGCUAACGUGGAGCUCAUCUCCUCUAACGUCAGCGUAGCGACCACCUAUCGCCAAUACCCGCUCUCGCCGCGCUUCGUAAUGUGGCCGCGGGGCAGCAGCAGUAUUAGCGAUGCCCUGUUAUACCAGCAAUGCCUCUUGAACGCCACCGCAGUCCAGAACUUGAAACCUGGAGCUGUUUGGGAUCCAAAGAUGAUGAGCUCCACUGAGAGCCACCCGCCAGAGCACGAGGCAGCCGCGUCCAGGCUCGAGGGGUCUCGAGUGGCUCCAGAGCCCUGUGACCUCCAGCCGGGGCCCAGAGAGGCUCAGACGGGACUCGGCCAGAACGGAAGUGCCCGUUCAGCCUUCUCGCCUCCUAAGAGGGCGUAUGGACAAGCUUUCCCAAAUGUACCUCCACAUGCAGGGAGCCAUGAGCAUGUGAUCAACAACAUGAGCAAAGACGCUGCCAAGCACACGCUGUCCAUGAAACUCAACUCCUUCCAUUCGCUCAUACAGCAGACACUGAAUGACAAGAAUGCGGAGAUGAAUAGGCCGUACUGUAAGGAACUGCUAGAGGAAGCAGCAAAAAAGUUCAGGGAGGGUACAGCCAAAGACACAGUGGGACUCAAAAGCUCAGAGAGAGCGGGAAAGGACUUUGUAGCAAAGCCGUGGAGCAACAAGGUCACCUCAGGAGAGUCUCUGUCAUUCUCAGUGGAAGCCAUAUUAAAAAGACCUGCGCUUUCUUUAAAUCGGACAUCUCAGUAAGGCUUCCUGCUAAAAAGAAAAAAAGAAGAAUUUUUAAAGUAGAUGCUUACUUUCUACUGAUUGUAUAUUUAUUCGCACGCAUAUUUGGACAUUUAGAAAAAGAAAUGUCAGAAAAAUGAUCCUAGCAUUAAUCUAAGCAUCUGUUUUUUUUUUUUUUUUUUUUCCACACGUCUGUAUAUAUAAAAAUGUACAUACCAUUUAAGACAUGCAUGUUGUAUAUUAUAAUACAUCAUAAUGUGCAGAUUAUUUAAAUGUAAAUGAUAAUUUUGCUACUUUAAAUAAAAUGAAAUUUUUAAAUAUUUUAA